CUAUCUGCUGCAUUUCCGAUGACAGGACCCGUUGUGACGCGCAGUAAUCACUUCCGGAUUGCUUGCUUGUCUUUCGUGGCUACAAGCAUGUUACUAACUCGUUUACAAUUAAAUUAGUAAAACAUUCGUAGACAAAGCAAACUUAUUGUACACAACAUUAUUUGCUACAAUGUGUCGCGUUCAGGAAGAAACCGACGCAUUAAAUCCCGUCGUCUAACGGAAUCCUCUUUUGCAACAACGGUCAGGAUUUGGCCCACGCGACAAAAUGGACUCGGAAUUUUCGCCAGCGGACAAUGCAGGUAGGCUAUUUCUAAUAAAUGACCAUGCAAACAUGCCAGCCGCUGAAUAUACUAUUUUUGCUACUUGAGUUAUUUAGGGCUAUGUUCACAGCUUGUUUGCAGUCAAAAAGUCCACAGAACGGAGACUAGCAGUAUUUGUAUAUUUUGCCAACAUUUAUGAACAUUUGCUCCACUGAAUAUGCCCCAGUACCCAUACUUUAGAAGGUUAAGCUACAUUCAAUUACACAAUACUGUUGUGAAACGUUAUUUAACAAUUUAAGAUAAUGCACUAGCUAUGUUGCAGAUUGAUUUCAAAAUCGUUUUCAAUGUUCUUUUGAAAUACUCUUUCCAAGCCAAUGAAGGUAACUCUACAUGACCAAAAGUAUGUGGACACCUGCUUGUAGAACGUCUCAUUACAGAAUCAUGGGCAUUAAUAUGGAGUUGGUCCCCCCCUUUGCUGCUAUAACAGACUCCACUCUUCUGUUAAGGCUUUCCACUAGAUGUUGGAAAAUUGCUGCAGGGACUUGCGUCCAUUCAGCCACAAGAGCAUUAGUGAGGUCGUGCACUGAUGUUGGGCGAUUAGGGCUGGCUCACAGUCGGCAUUCCAAUUCAUCCCAAAGGUGUUCAAUGGGGUUAAGGUCAGGGCUCUGUACAGGCCAGUCAAGUUCUUCCACACCGAUCUCGACAAACCAUUUCUGCAUGGAUCUCGUUUUGUGCACGGGGGCAUUGUCAUGCUGAAACAGGAAAGGGCCUUCCCCAAACUGUUGCCACAAAGUUGGAAGCACAGAAUCGUCUUGAAUGUCAUUGUUUGCUGUAGUGUUAAGAUUUCCCUUCACUGGAACUAAGGGGCCUAGCCCGAACCAUGAAAAACAGCCCCAGACCAUUUUUCCUCCUUCACCAAACUUUACAGUUGGCUUUAUGCAUUGGGACAGCUAGAGUUCUCCUGGCAUCCGCCAAACCCAGAUUUGUCCAUUGGACUGGCAGAUGGUGAAGCGUCAUUCAUCACCCCAGAGAACGUGUUUCCACUGCUCCAGAGUCCAAUGGCGGCAAGCUUUACACCACUCCAGCCGACGCUUGGCAUUGCGCAUGGUGAUCUUAGAUGAACAGUUAUUGUGCUGACGUUGCUUCCAGAGGCAGUCUGGAACUCGGUAGUGAGUGUUGCAACAGAGGACUGAUGAUUUUUACGCGCUUCAGAACUCGGCGGUCCCUUUCUGUGAGCUUGUGUGGCCUACCACUCCUAAACGUUUCCACUUCACAAUAAGAGCACUUACAGUUGACUGGGGCAGCUCUAGCAGGGCAAAACUUGACUUGUUGUAAAGGUGGCAUCCUAUGACCGUGCCAGGUUGAAAGUCACUGAGCUCAUCAGUAAGGCCAUUCUACUGCCAAUGUUUGUCUAUAGACAUUGCAUGGCUGUGUGCUCGAUUUUACACCUGUCAGCAACGGGUGUGGCUGAAAUAGCCGAAUCCACUAAUUUCAAGGGGUGUCCAAAUACUUUUGUAUAUACAGUGCAUGUGUUUGACGUUCUGGCUAACUUGCACCCUUAUUAUUCAUUUUUCCAUGCUGUUUUAGGUCUCCCUCUCCUCUCCCUCCGCCUCUUGGUUCCACCCCUUCAGCUUAUGUCAGCAUCCAUAUGGCAGGUGGUGCAACAGCGAGAUGCCAUGAAUUAUGCAAUGCUGGCAGAGUUUGUCUCCCUGGUGACUGAGAUGGUCCCUGAGCUGCUGAUCUAUAGGCAGAGGGCCCAACUUAUUUUGGGAUUGCGCGCAAGGGUGAGUGUUACAACCCUAAUGAGUGAGCGUAAAGGCAUAGAUAGAGGCCUGAUGUAUUCGGAUCCCUUUUAGAAUCCAAGCAUGGAAGAUUUUGUCUGGUCUUUAACGUGAAGGCACAAUAAUUUCGAAACAGUCCCAUUACAAGUCAGAAUGUUGAAUAAACUUCAUUUGGACAUACUUUACCUGUUGUCUGCUCAUUUCGGAGGUAAUCUGAGACAAAAUAUCCACAGGGAAGUGUUAUUAGCCCGACUUUCAGUGCUCUGGUCUGUAUAUGUUUCCAAUACUGAUGCAAUUCGCAUGCGACGUAAACUCUUGCACAAUAUGUAAACAAUGGACAAGCGUUACGGAACCACAGACCAAACGUUGACAAUUUUAAAUUUGCAGUAAGUUGCAAGCACUUCCAGCUGAUUGCGAGGGGACAUGCUUCGGUCGAAAACAUUAGGUUACGUUCAUCUAUCGUUUACAUAUUGUGCAUCACGUGCAAUGCGUCAGGAGAUAGAAAAUACAAACCGUAGACAUUUGAGCUCCAUUUCCUACCGCCAAAAGGACCAACAGCACGGACAACCGGUAAAGGAAGUGUAAAUAUAAUUUUAUUCAACAUUCUGGCUUGCAUCUUCUUUUUUAGGGCGACAUUUUUCAGACUGGGUAACUAUGGUAACAGUCUGACGUAUUAUAACUAUAUAUAACUAAAUGAAUAACGGUGCAUGGGGGGUGUGUUAUUGCAGCACAUUCUGGAGUUGUGUCGCGGUGAGCAUCCAGUAGAACCUCAGGUCAUCUUAACCCACCUGUACAUGAUUCAACCACUUACCCCCUACAGUAAUGAUGUAAGUUGAUCUUCAAUGAAUACCUUCUUCCAGGAAGAGUAAACUGGAAGAACUGUGGAGUUAAAUGCACUGCUACAGAUAAACUAUAUGUUGGACAAACGUGUCCUUAUUUGAUGUAUCCUACAGGUAAGUGACACAGAGGUGGAGUCGUCAGAGACUCAUUUUCUGGAGCUGGUCCAGACCCUGCUUAAAGACCCUGAUGAGAGAGAGCAUUUUUUCACGGUGAGACUGCACAGAACACCUCCUCUUGUAUUGGAUUUACAGAUCAAUGAAAUAGUGUUUUGCAUUGCAUUUACCUGUCAAUGAAAUAAAGUGGAGGGGUUUUGUUCCUCAUCUGUGUCCCUCAGGAGAUAUUCCCAGUGGAGUAUGGACAACAAUAUGACAUCGAGCUGCAGACUCUACUGUGGGAGUUCCUGUCCAGAUUGGUCCAGCUGUUACCAACUCCUGACCUUGCACAGGUGAGGGAAAGAAUACCUUCUAUUCACACUGUGGUGGAAACACCUACUGUUUAAUAAUAAUACUAAUCGCGCAAUACCAGGUUAAUUAAACUGUGUAGGGAACCAUGCGAAGUGUAAUAUUCAGUAGAUGCCUAUCUAUUAUUUUAUCUAUCCCCCAGACAAUGGCAUGGCUCGGUACUGCCCCCUCAGUCUUGGAUGAUUGUGCCCAUGUUGUAUCUCAUCCAGCGGAUCUGAAGCGUCUGCUCCAGCACCAUAAACGUCGUGGACAUUUGGAGCAACAUGGUGGGUGACACGUAGCAAAUGUAUGCAUCAUAUUUUAAAACACAAGAAACUGCACAUGGCAUUCAUCCAAAUGGAUUGACUUUAAUUGUAGCAUCCUCUCGUUGAACAGUACCCCUCUGUGCCAUGGGCGACUGCAUCCUGUCCUCUCUCUCCAUCCCUCCCCACAGUAGAACGGUGAUCAGCACUGAGCAGACCACCUGUGACAACCAGUCAGAACCCUCGCAGGAGUUUGUGGAAGACACUAGCCCAGUGCUUUCGGUGGAUGACCUCCAGGUGGAAAUUGUAACUCUGACCGGUUACGCAGAGGUUGAAUUGGGUUUGUGUCAGGAGGAGGUGGAGGAGGAGGAGGAGGAGGAGGUGGUGAGGGAUGGGAACGAUGAUGAAGGGCAGACCAUGGAGGACAAGGAAGAAGAAACGUCCGCUGAAGAGGUGGAGGAAGAGGAGAGGGUGAUGGAGGACCAUGUAGAGGGGGGCUUGGAGAGCGACUCGCAUCUAGACGAAGCCGAGGAUGACCCAGCAUCCUCCCAACACCAAACAUCCUCUGGGCCCCACAUCUGCUCAGUCUGUGAGAAGAGCUUCAAGUUUGCCUCUGCACUAAUAGCCCAUCAGGUCAUCCAUACAGGAGAGCGCCCAUAUGUGUGCCAUCUGUGUGGUCGGUGUUUCUCCUUCAGGCAGUCUCUGGACAGGCACAAACAGACGCAUAAGGACGGGCGCGUUUACGACUGCUUGAUCUGUGGGGAGACCUUUCAGUCCUUGUCAGCCCGCACAGAGCACAAGAAGAGUCAUAUGGAGCAAGGUGCUUACCAGUGCUCACAGUGCCACAGGAAGUUCAGCUGGGCGUCGGCCAUGGUGAGACACCUGAAGGCUCAUACAGAGGGCGCUGGGGUCAAAACCCAGGAACUUACAAAAAGCCUAAAGUCGGAGAAAGAGGAUAUAGGGAUUGAAGAGAUUGUAAGAGAGGUGGCUGUUGAAACCCCUGAGGAUGGAGGGAAAUCCCCUCACAAUCCACAGGAAGGAGAGGAGAUGGUCAGUCUAGUCAAUCCACUUCAUCUGAGCCUGCUGUGUUGGUGCCUGGACUUCUGGACAAGGUCGUAACACUUGUCAAGGUCCGUACCAGUGGUAGGAAAACGAGACCGACCUUGAAGGUGCAGAUGGUGAACCUGCAGAAGCUCAAGGGAAAGGUUGCCACCCCAAAGAGGAGGACGGGUGGAAGCUUGAUGAACCCCCAGGGUUUCACACCAUUGCAUUUUAAGAGGUAAAGUAGAUGGAUGCAGACAGUUUAAGGUUAAAUAACAAGUUUUGUAUUUUAAGUGAAAAAUAAGAUGUAAGUUAACUGUCAUCACAUGGUAUUAAUGCUCUAGGAGGGCAAUUCCAUGGUAACAGAGUGACACUGAGACAUUGAUUUUUCACUUUAAAAUGUAUGUCAAACAAAAACCAAAGUUUAGUAACAGAAUGACGGCACGAACAGCACAAACCGUGAUUCUAUUACCAAACUUUGGUUUUUGUUUGACAUACAUUUUUAAGUGAAAAAUCAAAGUCUCAGUGUCACUCCGCACUGUUCUUCAAUAAAUGUAUUUUUGUGCAUAGAGUUGGUUUGUUUAACUUUGCAAUCAUUGUUUUUUGUUUGACAUUUUAAAGUGAAAAGUCUCUUGUGUCACUCUGUUACCGUGGAAUUGCCCUCUACCUUCUUGUUUAUCUUCAACAGUGAGGAACACUCCUAUGGCUCACCAGUGGUCUCAACAAAGGAAGGAGAUACAGGUGCAUGUAUUACCUUAUUAGUUUUGCACAAGUGUGUAAUUGUUUGGUCUGUUGAGUGGUUACCCACAUGUAUUAUUUUAUUGUUACAUACAUUGCUUAAAUAAUAGUUUGUAUCCUGCCCUAACUGAAUCCAUCAGGUUUUCACUUCUACUUUGUUGCUCCUUCAGGAUGGUGUGCGUUCUCAUGUCCUGAAUGCUCAUUCGUCCACUCAGAUGAGGCGUCCGUCCAGCAGCACAUUGAGACGGACCACUCGGGGGAAGUGCAGGAAGACUCUCAGUCCGCUCCGCACCUAACAGGCCAAGCUGGACACUAUGAUUGCCCAGACUGUAACAGCAGCUACAAGUUUCAGUCCUUACUGAAAUACCAUCGGCGCGUCCACACCGGCGAGCGCCCAUACGUGUGCCCUCAGUGCGGACGGCGCUUCUCCUUCAAGCAGUCACUGGAGAGGCACAAACAGACACACAAGGAUGGGUGUAAGCAUGACUGUCUGAUCUGUGGGCAGAACUUCAAGUCCUUGUCAGCAUACACAGAGCACAGGAAGAACCACAUGGAGAACGGUGUGUAUCGGUGUUCUGAAUGCGACAGGAGGUUCUCCUGGAAGUCUGCACUAGUGAGACACCUCCGGACUCACACGGCGAACGCCACCGAGGCUGAGCUGUCUUACAAAUGCACCAGGUGUGACUUGGGAUUCAGCAGUAGUACGUACCUUAACAGGCACCUGCUCACACACCAAGAGGAGAGGUUGCACGUCUGCAGCUGUGGCAAGACCUUUGCCUACAAGGCUGCUCUGACCGCGCACCAGCGCACCCACCUGAAAGAGAGGCCACACCAGUGCAAGCAGUGUGGGAAGGGUUUCCUCUACAAGGGAGGGCUGUUGAGUCACAUGAAGAUCCACUCCGAAGAAAUGCCUUUCAUGUGCUCAUUCUGCGGGAAGAGCUUCAAGAGGGAGAGGAACAUGAAGAAACACGAGCGCUGCCACACCAGGGAGAACGUGUUCAGCUGCUCCCAGUGCGAUAAGACCUUUGUGUACAAGGCCACACUGACCAGACACGAGCUAACCCACUCGGGGGAGAGACCGUUCCUGUGCGCCGACUGUGGCAAAGGGUUCUUCUCCCACGCGGAGCUUCUGAAGCAUGAGCGCUUCCACACAGGCCACAAGCCUUUCCAGUGCUCUCACUGUGGGAAGCAAUUCACCCAGUCCUGCUACCUGACCAUUCACCUGCGCUACCACACAGGGGUACGGCCUUACUCCUGCACCCAUUGUGACAAGAGCUUUCUCAGCGCCAACCGUCUAAAGAGACACCUGAGAACCCACACAGGAGAGAAACCCUACCUGUGUUCAGAGUGUGGGAAAGGGUUCAAACAGUCAUAUCACCUCAAGGUGCACCAGCAGACUCAUGCCACUAAGAUUUGCUGAGGCAUGUUUGUGUCUCUGUCCAGACUUAAGUAAAAUGAUUUGGUAGAAUGUAAUGGUGAGUCAGCUAUCCACUGUGUAGGCAACCACGAGGGUUAAAAUAUAUAUACUGAACAAAAAUAUAAACGCAACAAUUUCAACGAUUUUAGUGACUACAGUUCAUGUAAGGAAAACAGUCAAUUGAAAUAAAUUCAUUAGGCUGUAAUCUAUAGAUUUUACAUGAAUGGGCAGGUGCGCAGCCAUGGGUGGGCUUGGAAGGGCAAAGGCCCACCCACUUGGGGGCCAGGCCCAACUACUGGGGAGCCAGGCCCAGCCAGUCAGAAUGAGUUUUUCCCUACAAAAAGGCUUUAUUACUGACAGAAAUACUCCUCAGUUUCAUCAGCCGUCUGUGUCGCUGGUCUCAGACAAUCUCGCAGGUGAAGAAGCCGGAUGUGGAGGUCCUGGGCUGGUGUGGUUACACAUGGUUUGUGGUUGUGAGGUCGGUUGGAUGUACUGCCAAAUUCUCUAAAAUGACAUUGGCUUAUGGUAGAGAAAUGAACAUUAAAUUCUCUGCCAACAGCUCUGGUUGACAUUCCUGCAGUCAGCAUGCCAAUUGCACACUCCCUCAACUUGAGACAUCUGUGGCAUUGUGUUGUGUGACAAAACUGCACAGUUUAGAGUGGCCUUUAUUGUCCCCAGCACAAGUUGCACCUGUGUAAUGAUCAUGCUGUUUAAUCUGCUUCUUGAUAUGCCAUACCUGUCAGGUGGAUAGAUUAUCUUGGCAAAGGAGAAAUGCUCACUAACAGAGCUGUAAACAAAUUUGUGCACAAAAUUAAGAGAAAUAAGCUUUUUGUGAGUAUGAAACAAUUCUGGGAUCUUUUAUUUCAGCUCUUGAAACAUGGGACCAACACUUUGCAGUUUUGUUCAGUAGGUUAGUGAUCAUAAUUCCUAAUCUAAGGAUUCAUGAAAUGCAUUUGAAUUCUUUACAGCUUCCUCAGCUGAAAUGAUCAUAGAAAUACUGUCAUUGUUACUCAUCUCAAAGCACAUUUAAAAAACAUUUUUAGUCAUUUAGCAGAUGCUCUUAUCCAGAGCGACUUAACAGUUAGUGAGUGCAUACAUUUUCAUUCUGCCCCCCGUGGGAAUUGAAACCACAACCCUGGCGUUGCAAGCGCCAUGCUCUACCAACUGAGCUACAGCACAUACAGUGAGGGGGAAAAAAGUAUUUGAUCCCCUGCUGAUUUUGUACGUUUGCCCACUGACAAAGAAAUUAUCUGUCUAUAAUUUCAAUGGUAGGCUUAUUUGAACAGUGAGAGAAUAACAAAAAAAUCCAGAAAAACGCAUGUCAAAAAUGUUAUAAAUUGAUUUGCAUUUUAAUGAGGGAAAUAAGUAUUUGACCCCCUCUCAAUCAGAAAGAUUUCUGGCUCCCAGGUGUCUUUUAUACAGGUAACGAGCUGAGAUUAGGAGCACACUCUUAAAGGGAGUGCUCCUAAUCUCAGUUUGUUACCUGUAUAAAAGACACCUGUCCACAGAAGCAAUCAAUCAAUAAGAUUCCAAACUCUCCACCAUGGCCAAGACCAAAAAGCUCUCCAAGGAUGUCAGGGACAAGAUUGUAGACCUACACAAGGCUGGAAUGGGCUACAAGACCAUCGCCAAGCAGCUUGGUGAGAAGGUGACAACAGUUUGUUGCGAUUAUUCGCAAAUGGAAGAAACACAAAAGAACUGUCAAUCUCCCUCGGCCUAGGGGCUCCAUGCAAGAUCUCACCUCGUGGAGUUGCAAUGAUCAUGAGAACGGUGAGGAAUCAGCCCAGAACUACACGGAAGGAUCUUGUCAAUGAUUUCAAGGCAGCUGGGACCAUAGUCACCAAGAAAACAAUUGGUAACACACUACGCCGUGAAGGACUGAAAUCCUGCAGCGCCCGCAAGGUCCCCCUGCUCAAGAAAGCACAUGUACAGGGCCGUCUGAAGUUUGCCAAUGAACAUCUGAAUGAUUCAGAGGAGAACUGGGUGAAGGUGUUGUGGUCAGAUGAGACCAAAAUCGAGCUCUUUGGCAUCAACUCAACUCGCCGUGUUUGGAGGAGGAGGAAUGCUGCCUAUGACCCCAAGAACACCAUCCCCACCUUCAAACAUGGAGGUGGAAACAUUAUGCUUUGGGGGUGUUUUUCUGCUAAGGGGACAGAACAACUUCACUGCAUCAAAGGGACGAUGGACGGGGCCAUGUACCGUCAAAUCUUGGGUGAGAACCUCCUUCCCUCAGCCAGGGCAUUGAAAAUGGGUCGUGGAUGGGUAUUCUAGCAUGACAAUGACCCAAAACACACGGCCAAGGCAACAAAGGAGUGGCUCAAGAAGAAGCACAUUAAGGUCCUGGAGUGGCCUAGCCAGUCUCCAGACCUUAAUCCCAUAGAAAAUCUGUGGAGGGAGCUGAAGGUUCGAGUUGCCAAACGUCAGCCUCGAAACCUUAAUGACUUGGAGAAGAUCUGCAAAGAGGAGUGGAACAAAAUCCCUCCUGAGAUGUGUGCAAACCUGGUGGCCAACUACAAGAAACGUCUGACCUCUGUGAUUGCCACCAAGUACUAAGUCAUGUUUUGCAGAGGGGUCAAAUACUUAUUUCCCUCAAUAAAAUGCAAAUCAAUUUAUAACAUUUUUGACAUGCGUUUCUCUGGAUUGUUUUGUUGUUAUUCUGUCUCUCACUGUUCAAAUAAACCUACCAUUAAAAUUAUAGACUGAUCAUGUCUUUGUCAGUGGGCAAAUGUACAAAAUCAGCAGGGGAUCAAAUACUUUUUUCCCUCACUGUACAGCUCUUCUGUGAGUUCAAUCAGUCAUGUGACACAAACGUUGGCCUGGAUUAAAUCUGUAGAGCGCUGGCCGCAAUGAAUCCCGGACUGUUUUGUUUUUGGUUGAUUAUAACAAUGUAGAAGUACUUAAAUAAUUGUGCCUCGUAUCCUUAUCUUCUGCUAAAAUGCAUUUCAUAUGUGCAUUGUAUUUUCAUAGGAUUGUAG